UUUUAUUUCCGGAAGUGUGUUACAGACCAUUUACCAUAACUGUCCACAUUGAUCAUCGCAGAAAGAAUUAUCUACUAUUUCAAAUUGAAGAAUUAUCAGCUGUGCGAGAUAGAACUCUACGUUCCAUUACGUGAAAGUAUUUUCGUGCAAAAAUGUGUACUCAAACGAAGGCUGCUGCUCUCAUUGCGAACAUUCCAGAGGCAGAAAUCGACCCGACUGGUGUGUUCAAAUACGUUCUCAUUCGAGUACACAGUAAAGAAGACGGCGACGACUCGAGCGUAGAUAUUGUACGUGGAUAUGCCUGGGCCGAAUAUCAUGCUGAUAUCUAUGACAAGGUAGCAGAGGAGCUUGAGAAAGGAGGGCACCUAGAUUGUGAAUGUAUUGGAGGAGGAAGGAUUAAGCAUGACUGCCAGUCAAAGAAGAUCCACGUCUAUGGCUACUCUAUGGGCUUCGGAAAAGCAAAUCACGCUGUUUCCACAGAGAAACUGAAGGUGCGCUACCCGAAAUACGAGAUCACCUGGGCUGAUGAGGGAUAUUGACCUACACUGGACCCGUCUUGGUUCAGGCCUAACUCCUUUCUGUGUCAAUAAGUGUGGGCCAAUAGUACACAGCAGAACCUCAGUGGCAUCACAUUAUGUGAGAUCUGAAGACAAACCUGUCAGUACAAAGCUGAAACUGGGACUAAGACUGACACAGUACCUAGUUGCUGACUAAUAUAGCCAGAACAACAGUGCUUGAUUUUCUAUUUUGUUUCAGUGAAACAAUAGAUGGAAAACACAUUACUUAACAGAAGUCGUUUUAUGUUUAAACAUAAAAUGAAUAAAUGCUUGCGUUGAUUUAAUAAA